AGGGGUGAGUGUGCAUGAGUUUGUGCUUUAUAAGGAAUAAAUAACUUCUCUCAAUUCAGGAGGAAAUGCAGUAUCAUCAUAGCCAUUCCGUAGUUUGCCAUUGUUGAAACUCUGAGAUUCAUUAACCAUGAUUUAAAAUAAGUACGACCUAGUUUUUCCCUAAGCGGUAAUAACCAGCUUUAAUGUUUCCUGACAUUUUUUCAGGGAAUACUACCAAAUAUGUGUCUUCUAACCAUACAAGUGAAUCUAAUGAUCCUGUGAAUUCAACAACUUCAGCUCCACUGGUCUCAAGCAUUGUGACACAAGUCACAGUGAAAUCCACAGCAACUCCUAAAGUGGCAACCACAAAGCUCUCAACAAAUGUGACUUCUACAACCUUGAAGUCUACGCCUAGAGCAACAAGUGUUGCACAGAACGUAACCAAGAUACCCAUAGCCACAACCACCACCACCCACAAUAGUUUACCAGUAUCGCUGGCAACAACUGUCUCUGUUACAGCAACUGUUCGUUCUGAAGAAAACAAAGGAUCAAAAUUUGAUACUGGCAGCUUUGUUGGUGGUAUUGUGUUAACACUGGGAGUCUUAUCUAUUCUUUAUAUUGGAUGUAAAAUAUAUUACUCAAGAAGAGGAAUUCGGUAUAGAACCAUUGACGAGCAUGAUGCCAUCAUUUAAGGAAAUCUGUGGAUGAAGGAAAGGAGAAAACUGCAGCUCUAUCAACUAAUCUUGGUUAUUACUUUAAAUUAAAAAGUGUAAGAGGCCAUGCUUACAUUGUGCAGUGUAUUAUGUAAAUGCAUGAGGAUUCCUCAUCAUUACUUAAGGUUUGGUUUUAAAUUACUAUAACAAAUAAUGUAUACAAUGAUUAGAUUUAUACAAUGAUUAGAUUCACUUUUAACAAAUAUACUAAGACAAGUUCUCUGUCUUUUUUGUUUUUUGAGGUUUUUUUGUGGCCCUGGUCACAUGGGACCAAUAAUUAAAAGAUGACCUCAGAGGGCAGGAUACCAACUGGUCUAUAGUCAGGCACUUAUCACAACCCUUGCCAUUUUUUUGUGUCUUUCUUGUUCACACCCAGACGGUUACAUUCUAAUCCUUAAGGCCACACACCAUGUAACCUAAGAAAGCGCCAGAACUGUGUUUUUAUAGUACAAUCGCUCAUCUAAAAACAGAACACAUUCUUCAACUAAAGCCCCUAACAAUAUGCAUUGCUUUACUCUAUUAGAGACUCACAAAUUACACUUGGACAAUAUGCAUUUCUGUUAACAUUUUUGCGCUUUCAUUGUUAGGGGUUUUUUUUCCUCUGUAUUUUAGGCAAACCUCAAUGUUAUUUAGGCAAAACACAUGAUAGCGUUUUAAAAGAGUCCGUUGUAAGAUAUAUUAUAGGAAAACUUUUGGCAAAUUAUUUGCUACUGUGAAAAUAUUGUCACUGGAAAUGGCUUUUCAUAUUCAUGUCUCAAUUGUAUAUUUAGUGAAUUUUUUAGGAAAUGUAGAGCUGCUUUCAAUUUCUAGAUAAUUUUAAUGGAAUGUAAAAGCAUUUUUUAUAAAACUCUAGCUGAUUUCCUAAACAAUAUUUAGAACUGUAGAUUGACAGAAUUAUAGGCGAAUGCUGUGUUUACUAAAGCAGGACCAAGAUCUCACCAGUUUAUACACCUGCAUUUUAGUACACUGUAGUUUUACUUGGGUAUGGGGAAAUGACAUUUUAUAAGUAUAUUUUGGAGUAAAUUCUUAUUUUAGAUACUUUGCUUACCUGGGUACUCCCUAGACAACUCCUAUCCUUCUUUGUUAUUGGGGAAGUACUUUCAGAUGCACUAUGUUAAGAGAAAAAGCACAGUAUUAUAGAAACACCAAUGCUAGCCAGUGUAUUGUUGGGGUGUUUUCACAGUUUUACAGUUUAUAUUCUAGCACUCAAACUCAGGGUCAAGCUUUAAUAAAAGGGGAAACUUAGUCACUAAAUACUAAGAUAACGUUUCUGUCCUAGAGGGCCAAAAUCUUACCAAUUUCUGAAAUUGGUAAGUAAGAAAUUUCUGAAAGUAAAAAUGAAUAAAAAUGCCCUGGUGAAUAGACACCUACCUUUAGAUUAAAAAAAUAACACACACAAAAAAAUAACGUAUGCUAUCAGCUUUUGGUUUGGAGAGAAUGCCAGAUAGCAAGAUAUUGAUGUGAAAAGGUCAUUUCUACCUGCUGUGCAUUAUGACCAACUGAUUGAUGUGAUGAGUGUAGAUGAUAAAAAUUAUUCACCAUGGCUUGAUCUACAGAUCAUGCAGGAAAUGGUAUAAACCUUGUAUAGUUCAGGUUGAUCUUAAAAUGAGUCAGUUGUCUGUGACUAACUUGGUCUAACUAGUCUAGCUGGUUGUGCAGCCAGUGCUUUCAUUUCCCUGCAUAGUAUCUGUGUAGCCUCUCACGUACUUCAGUACUAGCCUCAGGUUUCUCUUGAAUACUUGUUGCUUUAGCACUUUGAAGAUAGAAAACUACUUUUACAGUACUGAGUGCCAGUAUUUGCCUUGAAAGUGUCCUCUUGCUUUUUGGGUUGAAAAUAAUGUAGUUUAGACUUUUCUCUGUAUAUAAGUGAUUGGUUAUUUUCUGUGAAUUAUUUUACUCUGCAGAAACUGAAGAAAACAGUAAUGCAAAACAGUUACUUUGGAACACAUUGCCCUAAACAUAAAUUGUCUUCCUUAAUUAUGUUUACUUGAAGAUAAAAACAAUCCACACCUAAAAAAGAUCUGGGAUUAUAUAUGAAAGGAAUAAUUCAAAUAGACAAAUAAGAGUUGGCAGCUUAUUACAAUAUGACUUUAAUUUUGUAUUUUCACAACAAAAAAAUGAAGCAAAAUCUUGUUACUGUUCUUUUCUAUUAAGGUGACCAGCUUUUGGUAUUUGUUACUGAGAUCUAUUUUUAGAAUAAAACUUGCUCUUCAUUUAAAGGUC